CUUAAGACACUCAUCUGGUGUCUGAGUCUGCAGGUGACACUGCUUAGGUACGGAGCGCGGAGUCGGAGCGGGGACGCGCCGGGCUGCAGCUCUGGGAUGCAAUCCGCCUGCCUCGCAAGCUGCUCGCCGCUGCGCUGGCAGCGCCUACGCUGAUCUCGGAGGAUCCCCUUAGGACUUGCCCGGGGAUGUGCACCUGCCCUGCGCUCCGAGGUCAGGGGCAGGUCUGCAGGCAGCCGAGGGAGCGGUGAAGCCGGAAGAGACCUGUCUCUGCCCAUGUGCAAGGCAGUGAUUUCGGGUGAGAGAGCGGGUGGGUGAGUCUCUUUAGAGUUGGAAAGAAGGCAAAAUCUUGGGUUUCUCCUCGGCGGAGGGACAGGGGACUCCCCCAGUUGGGUCUUGCACUUCCCUUACCUCUCCCACCCCGCGUGCGCCCCGGCCCAGUGCCGAAGUCCCACUUCAAAGAUGCUCUGGGAGACCGGGAUCCUGGCUGCUCAGCGGGAAGGCAGCAGGCAAGUGGUCUAACGUUGGCGGCGGUGGCGGCGGCGGCGGCACCGACAGUAAAGCGGGGAGCAACAGAAUUUGAAAAGAGACAUCCGCUCCUUCUCACACGCUGAGGAGGAGGCAUUCGCGUUUCCCCAAAUGAGAAAGAACCACAAGAAAUCAUGAAGUAAAAACUUUGGAAAGCUGCCACUGGAGAUGUUGCACAAAAACCUGGAAUCUUUUAGGAGUCUCCUCCCAAUCAUUGAAGGUUUGGGGAGCAGCUGAUACAGCAAGGAGAGCUCUUGCAAGGAUUCAAGCUCUGAGCCCUGGAGGAGCAGCACGGAGCGGGAGAGUGUGGCGAGAGAAUGAAGAAACCAACCGCCCGGGAGAAGCAUGAGGUGGCAGUGUGGCACUCGGUUUAGAGGGCUUCGGCCGGCGGUGGCCCCAUGGACAGCCCUGCUGGCACUGGGCCUGCCUGGCUGGGUGUUGGCUGUCUCAGCCACGGCGGCAGCUGUGGUCCCCGAGCAGCAUGCCUCCGUAGCUGGCCAGCAUCCCCUGGACUGGCUGCUCACAGACCGGGGCCCCUUCCACCGCGCUCAGGAGUAUGCUGACUUCAUGGAGCGGUACCGCCAGGGUUUCACCACCAGGUACAGGAUCUAUAGGGAGUUUGCCCGUUGGAAGGUGAACAACUUGGCUCUAGAGAGGAAGGACUUCUUCAGUCUGCCAUUGCCUCUUGCCCCAGAGUUUAUCCGGAACAUUCGCCUCCUUGGAAGGAGACCCAAUCUGCAACAGGUUACAGAAAAUCUGAUUAAAAAGUACGGCACUCAUUUCUUACUUUCUGCCACCCUUGGAGGAGAAGAGUCUCUGACCAUUUUCGUGGACAAGCGGAAACUGGGAAGAAAGACAGAGACAACAGGAGGUGCCUCUAUAAUCGGGGGCAGUGGGAACAACACAGCCGUGUCCCUGGAGACCCUGCACCAGCUGGCCGCCUCCUACUUCAUCGACAGAGAGAGCACGCUGCGACGGCUGCACCAUAUCCAGAUAGCCACGGGGGCCAUCAAGGUCACGGAGACCAGGACCGGUCCUCUGGGCUGCAGCAACUAUGACAAUCUGGACUCAGUCAGUUCUGUCUUGGUACAGAGUCCAGAGAACAAAGUGCAGUUACUUGGCCUUCAGGUGCUGCUGCCUGAGUACCUGCGUGAGCGCUUUGUAGCCGCAGCACUCAGCUACAUCACAUGCAGCUCUGAGGGUGAGCUCGUCUGCAAGGAGAAUGACUGCUGGUGCAAGUGCAGCCCCAGCUUCCCUGAAUGCAACUGCCCUGAUGCUGACAUCCAGGCCAUGGAGGACAGCCUGCUGCAGAUCCAGGACUCCUGGGCCACUCACAACCGGCAGUUUGAAGAGUCAGAAGAGUUCCAGGCCCUGCUGAAAAGGCUGCCCGAUGACCGGUUCCUGAACUCCACAGCUAUCUCCCAGUUCUGGGCCAUGGACACCAGCCUUCAGCACCGCUACCAGCAGCUGGGAGCUGGCUUGAAAGUGCUGUUCAAAAAGACCCAUCGGAUCGUCCGCCGGCUCUUCAACCUCUGCAAGCGCUGCCAUCGCCAGCCUCGCUUCCGCCUGCCCAAGGAGAGGUCCUUGUCCUACUGGUGGAACCGAAUCCAGUCCCUCCUCUACUGUGGGGAAAGCACCUUUCCUGGCACUUUCCUGGAACAGAGCCACAGCUGCACCUGCCCCUAUGACCAAUCUUCCUGCCAGGGCCCCAUCCCAUGUGCCUUGGGCGAAGGGCCCGCAUGUGCCCACUGUGCUCCAGACAAUAGCACACGCUGUGGGAGCUGCAACCCGGGCUAUGUGCUGGCCCAGGGGCUGUGCCGGCCAGAGGUGGCCGAGUCCCUGGAAAACUUUCUUGGGCUGGAGACAGACUUGCAGGACCUGGAGCUAAAGUACCUGCUGCAGAAGCAGGAUAGCCGCAUUGAGGUACACUCCAUCUUCAUCAGCAAUGACAUGAGGCUGGGCAGCUGGUUUGACCCUUCCUGGAGGAAGCGCAUGCUGCUCACCCUGAAGAGCAACAAGUACAAGCCUGGGCUGGUGCACGUGAUGUUGGCCUUGUCCUUGCAGAUCUGUCUCACCAAGAACAGCACCCUGGAGCCUGUCAUGGCCAUCUACGUCAACCCCUUUGGGGGCAGCCACUCUGAGAGCUGGUUCAUGCCGGUGAAUGAGGGCAGCUUUCCUGACUGGGAAAGGACUAACGUGGAUGCAGCUGCCCAGUGCCAAAACUGGACUAUCACCUUGGGGAAUAGGUGGAAGACUUUCUUUGAGACAGUUCAUGUUUACCUACGGAGCCGAAUCAAGUCCCUGGAUGACAGCUCCAAUGAGACAAUCUACUACGAGCCCCUGGAGAUGACUGAUCCCUCUAAGAAUUUGGGUUACAUGAAAAUUAACACCUUGCAGGUCUUUGGUUACAGCCUGCCCUUUGACCCAGAUGCUAUCCGGGACCUAAUUCUCCAGUUGGACUACCCAUAUACUCAAGGUUCCCAGGACUCUGCACUCUUGCAGCUCAUUGAGCUCAGGGACCGGGUGAACCAGCUUUCUCCACCUGGCAAAGUCCGACUUGACCUUUUCUCCUGCUUGCUCCGGCAUCGGCUCAAGCUGGCCAGCAAUGAGGUGGGCAGGAUCCAGUCCUCCCUGAGGGCUUUCAAUUCUAAGCUGCCAAACCCUGUGGAAUAUGAGACCGGCAAACUCUGUAGCUAAUGGGUGGCCCACUUUAGCACUGGGCAAGGAGGGGAUCCAUGAAUCUGGGGUACAAAGAUAAUCUAAGCCCUCACCUUAGUGCCAACAGGGUGUGCUCCCACGAGACUUUCAGCAUCCAGCAGAUGAGACCUCGAGGCUCGAGCUGAAGCAGGCGAGAGAGAAACAGCUACUGCGUGUGUGUGUGCGCGCGCACACACACACACACACACACACGCUGGCACAGGGAGGCUACAACCUAGCAGCCUCGGAUCUGUAAAGUUGAUCGGUGCUUUCUAAAAUGAAUGCAAUUGAAAGAAAGGAGCCAAGGAAGAGAUUAAGAAAAAGAACCAGCCAAACCAUGAAACAAAAAAAAAUCCUUAAAAGUGAUUCUUGUCAUUCAAGAAAGCAAGAGGGGACAACAAAUGGGAGGGGUCGGAGCUCUUCCUUCCCCUCUGUGGAGUCACUUUUGUAUUCUUUUUAACCAGAUUUCUUAAAAUGUUGUUGUUUUGUGAAUCCUGACAUUGGUUCUUACUUUUGUAUGCUGCCUCCUCUGUGCCCUCCCAGACGCUGACUGGGAAACACAAGAAGUACAACCAACAGGAACCAGCACCAAGGGCAGGCAGCGGCCUCCUUACUCCCCUCCCUUACUCCUCCCUCUCUGCUGCCUCCUCCCCCCACCAAGUUUCAGGGCCCUGGAUUGUUCCCAGUUCCCCUUGUGGUCCCUUCAGAGCUCCUUUCCAACAGCAUCUCUCUGUUGAAGAAAGCAGCUCUGUCAAGUUAGAGAGAGACAAUGUGUAGGAAAAUGUUCUUUUUUAAAAAAAAAAAAAACAAAAACAAACAAAAUUAUUUAUUUUGUGAUUGUUUUCCUUGUCAAUCUGCUCCAACCACGUGAACAUCUAAGUAAACAUUUACCUGGUUUAAUAUAUUUUUGGAAAAGGCCUUUUUUAGGGGGAAAAAAUGAGAGAAAAAAAGAAAAAAAAGAGAGAGUAUAGUUCUCUGGGUUACCUGGAUUUUUCUUUUUAAUUGCUAUUUGCAUGACACAAGAGUGUCCAUGAAGUGGGGAUAGUACUGUGUGGGAAGCUGGUUGAUUGACAGAUACACAAGUUACACAAGUGAAUGAGUGCCUGUGUUGACUGGGGUGUGAGGGGUGUAUGAGAGAGAGAGGUUAAAUGAGAAGUGAGGUAGUACUAUCCCAGAGAGUUAUCUCACUACACUCCCACCACCUUUUUUUUCCUCCUUGGGUGUGAGGGCUAACGUGGGUCCUAAAACCAGGAUUUCCCACGAUGGGGAGAGUAGUUAAAAAGGUCUUGCUCGUAAGAGGAACUGCAGCCUUUGCACUGGGCAAAGUCCUGCUAAAGGGGCUCCUCUUUGCCAACACUGCUGCAGACAUUAGGAGAAUUUCCCACACGCUGCAUCUUAUGGUCUGGGAUCACCCUUUGAGAAAACUGGGAAAGAUGGAAAUGUAGCAUCAGCUCCCUCCAUUCUGUCUGAUUACAUUCCCAACCAAAAUAGCAGCUUUGAUGUAUAAGACACAGAACAAUGCAUCCUUUUCUCCUAGUGCCUCCCUCCAGGCGGUAUGAGAAUCGCUUCAUAGCAUCUCUUUUGGAGAAUCACUUCUCUGUCUAUGCUUCACAUUCUAACCACAAUGCAUAGGCAUGACAACCCCCAUUUUAUUCAGAUGAGAGUCACCACAUAAAUACGAAGUAUCUCAUUUCCUACCGUGGUAUAUCUCAGUUGGCAUAAGGUGAAAUAGAAGACAAUGAGACGAUGAUUAUGUCUCUCUGCCCAGGGGCCUUCUAUGUUUAUUAUUGCAUGCAGAAGAAUUUGACAUUAUAUUUAAUCAUUGCAUGGUCUUUCAACCUAUAAGAAACUGAAAUCCUUGAUAGAUAAGCAGCCUGGGGCAUUUCUUUCUUCACCACUUUCCUGAAGGCUUCCAGGGUAGAAAUACAGAGUGAUAGGAUGAUCUGGGGUGAGCACGGUUAUUGGCUGUCUAUUUCUAGUUAAAGUCACUGCUUGCUUUGGGAAGUUUGUACAGAGCUCCUCACCCAUGGGAGAUGGAAUAGGCAGAUGACAUCAUCAGCGGGAGUGUUGAGAUGUACCCGAUGAGGAUGCUUUUGGUGGGAAGGGGGUGACAAUCGAUGGGAAGGCUUUGAUACCUUCCAGUGAUGGCGUUUGAGUGGUAGAUACCGGAGUCUGAUUUUAGCACUCUGAAAGUGUAUGUCUACAGGCAGUAGGAGUGGGUGGACUGGGACUCUUACUCAUUAAUUAAAAGUGCACCUUUAGCAAACUGUCAACUGCCAGGCACAGCAAUACUCAGAGUGGGGAGGACAGCUAUCGAGAAUGUACAGUGCACAAAACAGUGUGGAGCCUCAGUAGCACAAGUGUGACUGCCCCAGUGGGAACAGAGUCAUCACAUGAAGGCUCACGUCCCACCUAGGCCAGUCCCACAGUCGUGGUGAGGGAUGGGAAACCUCAGCCAUCUGUCUUUGUAUCAGUGACCAGACUGGGAGAAAAUCGUACCUAUGGAAUUAUUAGUAAGGAUGCUGUGUCUCUUUGUUUCAGAGAUAUGAGAUCUCUUGUCUUGGGAGGGUUUCAGGAAGAUGAUGGUGUGAUGUAUUGUGGUUCUAAGGAAUAUAUGCAUCCAUUUACUAAGCUUUCCACAUCUUGCCCGUCUGGAGGUUUAAACUAUAAAGCUUAGUGUGCCAACUCCAUCUAAAAGUACUACUACACAUUGGUAAAUAUUUAGUGGUGCCUUUGAUUCCAGAUGCAAGUAUCAUAUUGAUAGAGGACCUAACGAAUAUUAAUUACAGAGGUAGAAAUGUCUAUAUUUGACCUAGUCAUCUGUUACCUGUGAUAGAUGUCUGAUUCGUCUGUUCUGGGACAGUGAUAGGGUGCUUGGUGUAGAAGAACUUGUGUCAAAGGAGCAGGCCAAAGACUUUGCUUCUAGAACACAGGUGGAAGAAGAGGGGGUGUAAGAGAUGGGUAGCAUCCUUUAAGAGGCUUUCAAAGGCUUGAAACCAUGAGUUUAGCACAGAGUUUUUCAGAACGCUUGGCUAAGAAAUGCCAUAAUAAGAAAAGGCUGUCCUCAGUUGAAACUGUCACCUUUAAAGUCCAUAAUAAUCAAAAUAUGUGAAUCACCUAUUCACAGACACAGUUGCAAAUAAAGAAUUGUCAUUAAUUAGUA